AUGCGAGUUGUCCCAUUCGCGAUCUCUGUACUGUUGCUGCUGCUAACCAAUUUCUUCGAUCGUGGCGACUGCUUCUGCUGGGUCCGACCGGACUACAUUAUUUAUGCUGUCAUCAUACCAGUUUCUUUACUAGUUUUGAACGGUAUUGUAUGCACAAUUCUUGUCUGCAUACGACUGUUCGGUAUCAAAAGGAAACUAAGCAAAUCGAUUCUCCAAUAUCUCACCCUUUAUUCCCCAUACACUACUGCAUGGCAUUACGUAUUCACUAUUGUCAUGGGAUCUCAAGGAACAAUACUUGCGUUACUUUUCCUAUACAAACGACGACGUUCCAUGUCAUCUUAUCGUCGAUCGCAGCAACUCACACAAAUGUCAUCCCGGAAGGGAACGUCGAGAUCUUGA